CUCCGGCUGGGCAGGAUUCCGGACAACGCCUGGUUCCUCUCGGGUCCUUCCGGCGUCGCCGGAGUGAAUUGAUCCGGGAGUUGAAGAGGGCUCCAAAGGUGGGAAGUGAAGUCAGUGCCCCAGUUGCCGGUCAGUAUAUAUUUUGUGCCCUAUUUUAUCACAAAAAAGAGAAGAAAUACUGUAGUGAAUGAAGAUUCCUCUGCAUUUUAGCACUGCUUUUUCUACUGUAGUUGGCUUUUGAAUGAGGAUGACAAUGGAAGAGAUGAAGAAUGAAGCUGAGACCACUUCCAUGGUUUCUAUGCCCCUUUAUGCAGUCAUGUAUCCUGUGUUUAAUGAGCUAGAACGAGUAAACCUGUCAGCAGCUCAGACACUGAGAGCAGCUUUCAUUAAGGCUGAAAAAGAAAAUCCAGGACUCACACAAGACAUCAUUAUGAAAAUUUUAGAGAAAAAAAGUGUAGAAGUUAACUUCACAGAGUCCCUUCUUCGAAUGGCAGCUGAUGAUGUAGAAGAGUAUAUGAUUGAACGACCAGAGCCAGAAUUCCAGGACCUAAAUGAAAAGGCACGAGCACUUAAACAGAUUCUCAGUAAGAUCCCAGAUGAGAUCAAUGACAGAGUGAGGUUUCUGCAGACAAUCAAGGAUAUAGCUAGUGCAAUAAAAGAACUUCUUGACACGGUGAAUAAUGUCUUCAAGAAGUAUCAAUACCAGAACCGCAGGGCACUUGAACACCAAAAGAAAGAAUUUGUAAAGUACUCCAAAAGUUUCAGUGAUACUCUGAAAACCUAUUUUAAAGAUGGCAAGGCAAUAAAUGUGUUCAUAAGUGCCAACCGACUAAUUCAUCAAACCAACUUGAUACUUCAGACCUUCAAAACUGUGGCCUGAAAGUUGUAUAUGUUAAGAGAUGUACUUCUCAGUGGCAGUAUUGGACUGCCUUUAUCUGUAAAUUUUAAAGUUUGACUGUAUAAAUUAUCAGUCCCUCCUGAAGGGAUCUAAUCCAGGAUGUUGAAUGGGAUUAUUGCCAUCUUACACCAUAUUUUUGUAAAAUGUAGCUUAAUCAUAAUCUCACACUGAAGAUUUUGCAUCACUUUUGCUAUUAUCAUUCUUUUAAGAAUUAUAAGCCAAAAGAAUUUACGCCUUAAUGUGUCAUUAUAUAACAUUCCUUAAAAGAAUUGUAAAUAUUGGUGUUUGUUUGACAUUUUAACUUGAAAGCGAUAUGCUGCAAGAUAAUGUAUUUAACAAUAUUUGGUGGCAAAUAUUCAAUAAAUAGUUUACAUCUGUUAAACAUUUCUUUACUUGAAAAAAUACAUAUAUAUAUAUAUGAAUAUAUAUAUAUGAAUAUAUAUAUAUGAUCAGAAGACCAAGAUGACUUGGUGUAAUGUCUAAAGAACUUCUAACGGGAGCUUACUAGCAGUUUAUCAGAUAAUAAAGCAACAAGAAUUCUAUUUUUUGGUCCUUAAUCACUCUGGGCAAAGGUAAUGAAUGGAAAUAUUUUUGUUAGUUAAUAUAUAUGAGGUACUGAAUAUUUUUGCAGCCUGUUUUAAGAGACUUCUGAGAAAGAAAUGGCAGUUUAUAGUGUCUUCACACUAUAAUGUCAGUUCUUGAACUCUAUGACAGUAUAAAAUUAAGUUUUUCUGGUAUGCUGGACCCCAAUAAGCUUUGUACCCUUUUUCCAACAGUAGCCACAACUAAUAGUAAUUUGAAGCUAUACCAAUGCUAGUUGGUUUGAAAUUGUCAUGGGUGUUAUAAAUGUUAUACACACUCUUUAAGUAUAUAGAGCUUUGUUUCACCAGAGAGAAGUUUUAAGGAAAUUAUGUGUCAAGUGAUCAUGUUAAGUGAUUUCAUUUUUCAAUUAUGAUAAAAUAAAGGGAAAAUCAGGAUUUGUUUAUCUUC